CAGAAAUGCAACAAAAAAAUUCGACGCGAAUGUGGGUCAUCAUGGUUCUCGUACUCGUACACUCCUAUUCUGCGUUUUGUUGAUAGUUGGUGUUGUGUUUUCCCAUCAUCAAACUCCAUUUCGGCCCAUCGUAUGCAAGUGACUUUGAUGCGUCUUGUCUUUAAUCGAUAACGGUAAACUCGACGGCAUUCCAUUGUAUGACUGGGAAAAACAAGAGCUUGAGGCACAGAACCAAUCUGGAAUCCCCCCGCAAGGACGCCACGACAUCGCAAUCGCGCGACAGCACUACACCCAAAUUCAAAAACCACAUGGCCUACACUCGGCGCAGCAUUGCAACACCGUUUCCUCGAGGUGGCAAUAGCAACGUCUUGUUGAACAAUAAUCGGAGCCUUACUUCGUACCGAAAGAAGUUCAUCAUCAUCCUUGCCGCUACAUCAUUUUACACGGCUUUUUUGUAUCAACGGGGUCAGUGAUCCUUGUUUUGUUUUCCCACUCCUGUGAUCAGAUUUCCCGUCACGCCGUGCCAUUCGAUUGCCCAGAUUGAAUCGCAAAGAKGAAUGCACUGCUGACAAAAAUUCUCGCGCKGCAGCCAUUUAAUUGCUAGCACCAUUCCGAUGAUCUAGACGGAUCGAUUCGACUCGACUCACGAACAUCAACACUUUUGCCUACCUCCGUUCAUUCUUUCUAUUUUCGCAUAAAGGUGGAGCGAGCACCUACCUUGGAUCAAGCCCUGAGACAUCGGUGCACAACCCUAUGAGUAAAAUGAUUUCGGCCGGUCGCAAGUURGCUGUMACCACAUGGAACAUUGCUGCCAUCAACAACAACCCUUUCGAAUACUGGAUUACGUACAAAGAAAAUCCGGAUUAUGAAAAAUUGAUGAUUAACAUUGAAAAUUUCUUGCAGAAUCCUGGAGAAAAUGAUGUUCCCGUAAAGGAUGUGUUCACGGAAGAAAUGUUCACCAAGUUGGAUUCUCGUUUGACUGGUGUGGGAUGGACCAGCGUUCGGCCGUAUUGGGAAUCGGACUUUCAAAACCGCAAGAUCGUAUCUGGAUUUAUGAAAGAUCCCUUGUUGGGRAGCAAGCGCCUGGCUUCCAUGCCCGAUCGCAUUACCAACACGAUCAAUGUCGAGGGAGGCGGUCAAGUCUUCAGACCAACCGUAAUCAAUAUGUUUGCAGGUGACUUGGCGACACUGGACUUGUGGUGGGCCGCAUGGGAGUCGUUCAUGUUUGACAACAAGCUUACAUACAAAGGAAAGAACGGCAUCGAGUCGAAGGCUCCCUACGAAAUGCUUCAGAAAAUCAAGAAGGCAAAGUAUCCCGAUAUAACCGAGCAGGAAGAGACGGAUUCCUUGCCGCUUCAAACCAUGUGCGGAGCUAUUUUUGAUGCUAUUCUAGUGCACAUGAUGAACACCGUGUCCACUCCCGAGAUUUGGCAAACUCUGAAACAGACCAUGGUUGAAAAUCUCAAUAAAAAGAAGGUCCCACACACCUUGGAGAUUCUGAAGUCCACGUACGGGGAUGCCGAUAUUAUCACGCUCCAAGAGGUCUCCUCUUCGUUUAUCGAUCAGGCACGUGCUUCCUCGCUCGGAAAGACAUUCCACAUUGUUGCACCGGCGGACCUCGAUGCGGUCCGAGACCAAAAUUCGGUGAUCUUUUUGAAAAAAGAACUGUUCCCGAAGGGGCCUGGGGUAGAAAUCACGAAACUGGUGGAGGCGGAGUUCCCGAAGGGCAGCAAGAUGGUCGCAAGGGGAGAUAUUUUGGCCAUUACGGCGACCAACAAAUACGGUCUCGAUCUCGUUGUUGCCUCGUUCCACGGCGACACAAACGGAUUGGCCACCAAGCCGGUCGUGGAUGCCACCAUGAAAGCAUUGAAAUCGGAGAGCACCCUGAAAAACCACCGCCUCGUUUUUGGUAUGGACGCAAACACGUACGAGCACGCCAAGCCCGGAAAGCAACAAGACGUUCUGGAUUUUGCCAAGAACGUUGUGUCGCACGAUUUGACGUCCUGCUGGGGGGACGUGCCCAAUCCCUCCAACUAUACUACGUACAAUGCGCGGACUUAUCUCCAGCCGCAACUGAACAAGGCUUGCAAGAGUACCGAAAAGCGCGAAAAGGGCGACGUCAAUCCAAAGGAUUUCAUUAUUUUCCCGAAGCGUGACUUCAAGGUGGUAAAAACCUGGAAGGACAACACGGGGAGAAAGGAAUACAUCGAAGACAUGGCAUUCCCAACGCUUGAAUUUCCAUCCGACCACGGGUUGUUGUCAACCAUUCUAGAACCCAUUGAGUAAAUACGCGAUAGUACAUGAUAAAGAUUUCAUCCUUGC